AUGGGGAUGCCGAUGUUUGGACCACCAGCACCGAUAGAUGCCUCGUAUGUACCGAGCACAUCCAUAACGACCAUACCAGCAGAUUCACCAAUCGAUGAAAUCAUCUCAAUCUUAGAACAAGACGGCGGCAUAAUUCUCAGCAACUUCGCGACGCCGCAACAACUCGAGCGGAUCGACAACGACGUCGAGACCUACCGCGCACAAACCCGCAGCACGGAAAAAACCGCCCUCGCGAUCAUUCCAAAGGAAACGCUGGCGAUCCCUGGACUGGUCGGAAAGUCUGACACGAUUGCACAGCUCUGCGAGUCCCCACUGCUGGAGAGCCUGCGCACUCAUAUCCUGGAGGAUAGAUUUAGCACGAUACGCGAGGGCCGCGUCGAGGAGAACAGGAUCGACCCGCUGCUGAGUAUCAGUCUGACAUUCUACAUUGGUCCGGGGGCGCCGCGGCAGACGCUGCAUCGCGAUGAUACUAUCCAUGGGAUCAAGCAUGCGGGCGAUGGCAGCUUCGACUUGCGCAAGGCUAGUCAGUUUGCGUGUCUGGUCGCGGCGUCGAGGACGACGAGGGAGAAUGGUGCGACGAUGUUUAUUCCAGGCUCGCAUAAAUGGGAUGACAAGCGUGUGCCCAGGGUCGACGAGAUUUGCUUUGCUGGUAUGUGUGAUGUGAUCACUCCCCCUUGUUUGUUGACUCGUUGGCACAGGUCGGGUGUGCUCUUUGCUGACAAUCUUCUUUCAGAGAUGCAACCGGGCUCUGCUCUGAUAUUCCUUGCUUCAUGCUACCACGGCGGCGGGCACAACUCCACCACGAGCGAGGUGCGCAAAGUCCAUGGUUUGUUCUUCACCAGGGGAACACUGCGCACCGAGGAAAAUCAAUUUUUGGCCAUUCCACGUAGCAAAGUGUUAACCAUGAGCGACAAGAUGUUGUCACUGCUGGGGUACAAAAAGCCCACGACCGUGUUGGGGAUUGUGGACAAUGAUGAUCCCGCAGUGAACUUGAGGGCCGUGCUGGAGAAUGCUAGUAAAUGA